UUGGCAAACAUGAGUUAACUGGACAUAAAGUUGCAGUGAAGAUCCUGAAUCGACAGAAGAUUCGCAGCCUUGAUGUUGUAGGAAAAAUCCGCAGGGAGAUUCAGAACCUCAAACUCUUCAGGCAUCCUCACAUAAUUAAGCUGUACCAGGUCAUCAGUACGCCAACUGACAUUUUCAUGGUAAUGGAAUAUGUUUCAGGAGGAGAACUGUUUGAUUAUAUCUGUAAAAAUGGAAGGCUGGAUGAGAAGGAAAGUAGACGUUUGUUCCAGCAAAUCCUUUCUGGCGUGGAUUACUGUCACAGGCAUAUGGUAGUACAUAGAGAUCUGAAGCCUGAAAAUGUGCUGCUUGAUGCACACAUGAAUGCCAAGAUAGCUGACUUUGGUCUAUCAAAUAUGAUGUCAGAUGGAGAAUUUUUAAGAACAAGCUGUGGUUCCCCUAACUAUGCUGCACCAGAAGUAAUUUCAGGAAGGUUAUAUGCAGGUCCAGAAGUAGAUAUUUGGAGCAGUGGGGUUAUUCUCUAUGCUUUGUUAUGUGGAACGCUUCCGUUUGAUGAUGAUCAUGUGCCAACCCUUUUUAAGAAGAUAUGUGAUGGUAUCUUUUAUACCCCUCAGUAUCUAAAUCCAUCUGUAAUCAGUCUUUUGAAGCACAUGCUGCAAGUGGAUCCAAUGAAGAGAGCAACAAUCAGAGACAUUAGAGAACAUGAAUGGUUUAAGCUGGACCUUCCCAAAUACUUGUUUCCUGAAGACCCAUCAUAUAGCUCUACCAUGAUUGAUGAUGAAGCCUUAAAAGAAGUGUGUGAGAAGUUUGAAUGCACUGAAGAGGAAGUGCUAAGUUGUCUAUACAGCCGAAAUCAUCAGGAUCCUUUAGCAGUUGCUUAUCACCUCAUUAUAGAUAAUAGAAGAAUAAUGAAUGAGGCCAAAGACUUCUAUUUGGCUACAAGCCCACCAGAUUCUUUUCUUGAUGAUCACCAUCUGUCUCGCCCUCAUCCUGAAAGAGUGCCAUUUUUAGUAGCUGAAGCACCACGUCCUCGCCAUACUCUUGAUGAGCUGAACCCGCAGAAGUCAAAGCACCAAGGUGUAAGGAGAGCUAAGUGGCACUUGGGAAUACGAAGUCAGAGUCGACCAAAUGAUAUCAUGGCUGAAGUUUGUCGAGCAAUUAAACAGCUGGAUUAUGAAUGGAAGGUUGUAAACCCAUACUAUCUACGUGUUCGAAGGAAGAAUCCAGUUACCAGUGCGUAUUCCAAAAUGAGUCUACAGUUGUAUCAGGUGGACAGCAGGACAUACUUGCUGGACUUCCGUAGCAUCGAUGAUGAAAUUACUGAAGCGAAGUCUGGGACUGCAACUCCGCAGAGGUCAGGUUCUGUGAGCAACUAUAGAUCCUGUCAAAAAGAUUCAGAUGCUGAUGCACAAGGAAAAUCUGCAGAUGCAUCCCUUACCUCAUCAGUGAAUUCAUCGCUUGACUCUUCCACUGCUGAAUUAACUCCAAGGCCAGGGAGUCAUACAAUAGAGUUCUUUGAGAUGUGUGCAAAUCUUAUUAAAAUACUUGCACAGUAAUUUUGAAGAUGGGCUUAGUUCUUUUACAGCAAUAAGCAUGCCUAAAUCAUAGCCACAUGCUUCCAGUUAUAAUCAAGUUAAAUUUACUAAGGCGCUGAAAAAGCUAGCUGCAGGAUGCAAUUUGCACAGGAAUUGAAAUGAUUAGGGGCAGUUCACAUAUAUUUGAAGCUGGAGUGAAUUCUGAUUGUCUGCUGUCCAGUAGCAGAGGUGCAGGAAGUCACAUGCCCUUAGGGCA